GCUUGAGAAAGAAUCCGGGUUUUAUUUCAAUAUGAAAUACUUUGAGGAAAAAGUGCAGGCCGGUGAAUGGGAUGAAGUUGAGAAGUAUUUAUCAGGGUUUACCAAAGUGGAUGAUAAUAGAUACUCCAUGAAAAUAUUCUUUGAAAUCAGGAAGCAGAAAUAUCUGGAAGCACUUGAUAGGCAAGACAAGGCAAAGGUUGUUGAGAUAUUAGUGGGUGAUUUAAAAGUAUUCGCCACCUUCAAUGAAGAACUAUACAAAGAAAUAACCCAACUGUUAACUCUAACUAAUUUCAGGGAGAAUGAGCAGCUGUCCAAGUAUGGUGACACCAAAACUGCUCGAGGGAUUAUGCUGUUAGAGCUAAAAAAGCUCAUGGAGGCAAAUCCUCUGUUCCGUGAUAAGCUUAUCUUUCCUGCAUUGAAGUCGUCAAGAUUGCGGACAUUAAUCAAUCAAAGUUUGAACCGGCAGCACCAGCUUUGCAAAAAAACCCAAGGCCAAACCCAGAUAUAAAAACUUUAUUUAUCGAUCACUCAUGUUCACCUUCCAAUGGUCCUCUGGCACCAACACCUGUCAAUCUUCCAGUUUCUGCUGUUGCAAAGCCUGCUGCUUAUACUUCCCUUGGAGUGGGAGCUCAUGGUCCCUUUCCACCUGCCGCAGCAACUACUAAUGCUAAUGCUUUGGCUGGUUGGCCAAUGCCUCAGUUUCGUCAUCUGUCCAAGCAGCUGUUGUCACCGCAUCAACCAUACCU